UUUACAAGCGUUGUUGAGAUCGUGAUCCUACCAAGCGGCAGAAAACCUCAGCAUGGCGAACGCAUCAGAAGAUUUCCUUGCUGAAAUAGCAAAGAUGAAGGUCCCAGAUUUGAAGAAGGAAUGCAAGUCUCGUAACCUACCGACAACUGGUACCAAGAAAGACUUGAUUCAAAGGCUUAAAGCUGAGGUUUCUGAGGGUUCAGGUGAGGACAAGGUAGAGGAGGACGUUGCUGAUGUGGCUGAUGAUUCUGUGGAGGAUGCACUUGAUCAGGUCUUAGGAGAAGAUGACACAGCCCCGAAGGAAAGUGUCACUGUCAGCAAAAUAAAGGAACAAAUCACUGCUCCAGACUCUGAUGAUAAACCCGUGUCAACAAAAGCUAUCGAUGAAAAUGAUAGAUUGAAGAUGAGAGUACAGAAAUUUGGUGCAGUCAACCCGGAAGUAAAGAAACAGCUAAGGGCUGAGAGGUUUGGAACAAGCGAGGUAACUGCCAAAGGAGGAGAUAAAAUAUCGCCUGCACCGGCUGCAGACAUGGACAAACUGAAGAAGCGAGCAGAGAGAUUUGGAACGGUCACAUCAACAGUUCUCACCAAGGUGGAUGAGACCCAGAAGUUAAAGAAGCGAGCUGAGAGAUUUGGUGCAAUCACCUCGACCAGUCUGUCUAAUACGGAGAAUCAAGGCAAAUUACUGAAGAGGAAAGAAAGAUUUGGCGUAACCACAAGUGCUGUAGAUGCAUCAGAGGUUGAUGCCAAGAAAAAGAAGCGUGCAGAACGGUUUGGGUUGACGUGAAGUUCGGCAGUGUUUCAUUAACAUUUCACUUCAUCUUAUCAAAAUCAGGUCAUUCAUCCCACUCCACACGACGGACUUCAAGGAGACCUAUGUCAUCAUUUUGCCUAAAUAUUCAUACAGUUUUGUUUAUAAUGUUAUUUGCCAAUAUAAAAACAGAUAAAUACAUAAUUGAUACAGUAAGCAGAAUUUUUCAUGCUUUGGUAGUUUAGCAUGGAAAUAAUUGAACAUAGUUGUUGUUGAUAAAAGAAUUUGGUUGGCAAUUAUUUUACAAAAUCUUUCAUUGUGUGUAUAAAAAAUGAAUUUGAAUAGUCUCGACAUAAAAUAAGUGUGAUAACCGAUUAUGAUGGAUAAGAAGCUGAAGCGUGAUUCAAGAUGUAGUGUGAUUAGAUUUUCAUUGAUAUUUGAUGUUUUAUGUCAUGGCAGAGAUUAAUUAAUGAAUUAAUCUGUUGUCAUUGUACAAUGUGAUGGGGGCACUUAAUGUAUUUUAUUUUAGUUAAGAAUUUGCACAAAUAGAAAUUGACUGGUCUAUUAUAUGGUUGAUUUCUAAACUUCAAAAUUUCAACCAGUACUAUUGACCUUUGUAUUGUGUGCAGCACAUUUGCAUUUGGGUGAUGAGAUUUUCUAAAAAGUGUUUUAUCAAAAUAAUGUAAAAGACGAUAUUAAUUUGAUGCCUUCUCCAUUAUUCAGCUGUAAAUGGAUAUUAAACGGAUCUUCUCUUUUUCUCAGUAUAUUCAUGGUCAUAAAGUUUGCUGGGUAUUUAAUUUCAUGCUAUCUUUGGUAACUGUAAAUAAAGCAAAAUUUGAUUCCCUUCAAAAGUUACCAACUAUACAUUACAACUCCCAUGCUUGACUAAAAAGGGUAAGUGAUUCUGGGGUUUAUCAGAGUUGGAGUAGGGUUAGGGAGCCGAGGGCAAGUUAAGGGUUGAUAACAUGAAAGUUUAUCUAUGUGUGUGACCAGAGAUUCUGUUGUAAGAGUGGUUGGGUGGCUGGCUGUGCGUGCAUGGGCACAAGUUGUAAGGAGGGCAGGUUUUAUUGAGUACACCACUUUAUAAUUAGCACUAGUAUAGAUAUUUCCAUGCAGCCUUAUCGUUUUUAGCUGUAAUAGAUUUUAUGUUUAUGUCGAAUCUAGUCCCUAGAUUUUCUUAACCUUAAAGACAUGAAAUUAUUGACUUAAUAUUUUUCAUAAAUCAUGUGAAAUGUAUGUGGUUAAAUCAUGCUUGAAGAAAUUUUCGCAAAUUAAUUGUAUUAAGAAAUAAAAGUUGUUUUCCGUUAAAACCCUCCCAGACAUACUAGAUAUUUUUAAUAGAGCACAAAUGUUCUUAUCUGUAUAAGAUAUGUUCUUACAGAUUUCAGGCUGUUUUUACCUAUUUUAGGUUUUCAUAACAUAACCAACAUGCAUAUGUUUUGUCAUUUUCAAGGCACCACAGUAGCAAAAGUUUUGUAAUAAAAUCAGAUAAGAUCACGUAACGUAAUGUAUAAACUUUGAGCAAUUGCUUUGCAAUGUUAGUACAUUAUAGUGUUAAUGUGUGAUUUCACAUUGAUUUUUUUUGUUACCAUUAAUGCAGAUUUAAUUAACCUUUAAAUUGACUGAAAAAUAUCUUAUUAUCACAUUGAUUUGUGUGUUGCUAUUUGAUUGAAAUGAGCUUGGGGGCCUGUUUCUAGCCAUAUUCUAUUGUCUGACCAUUAACAUUUCAUGACAUCAGGGACCUAAUUUUAAUGAUAGGGACAUGCAUAUUCCACAGUAGUCAUGGUAACAUGCAUGCUGUUUGCAUGUGUAUUUUUGUGGCAGUUUAAAUUUUUGCAGGUUUCGUUGUAAAAUGAAUCCACAAGUUCAGUAUGAGAAUGAGCUUUUCUAAUCAUUUACAUCAUCGGACCUAAUUUAAUAUAAAUUGCAAAUUCAUUAAGGUGUGAAUGUGUAUUUUUUUACAUAAUAUAAAAAAACAAAGCAAAAUAUUGUGGUAAACCAAUACUGUAAACAUUAUGUGGUUAAGGAGUCCCAGCACACUGAAUUGUAACUCUGACAAAAAAAAGAGUUCCAAUUGUUUUACUUUUUCUGACUUGAGGUUUACUGCCGAUUUACUAUACAAAAGUGUUCAGCACAAAAGAAGUAUAAUUAUGAUUUCCUUUUUCUAAAACAAAUAUCGAAGCCAGAGGGAUUCCACCCAAAGACCUCUUAAUUAUCAAGGGAGGAUUGUGUCCAUAGCCUCUAUCUAUUAUAGGAAUACUUUACUGCAACAUUACUCAAAACAUAACUUCAAAAUGGUAUAACACACUUAAAAUCCGGAAGACCUGCAUGUAGAAGGAGCGUCAUGGGGCUCUCAACCUUAACGUUAGUAUUGAGAAAGGGAUCAAAUUUUGUUGUUAUGUGCAAAGUUUGAUUUUUUUUCAUGCAAGCAGUGAAAGAAUUUACUUUUCUAACAGCUAUGUUGAAGAAGUGUUGGCAACAAAUACUUCUGAAUACAUUUAUGUAAUGUUUUAUUAAAUAAAUCUGUUUAUAAUCCA